AUGUGGCAAAUCAAACGAUAUUACACCUAUGAUGAUGAAUCCGCUCAGAAACUGUUGCCCAUUCUGCAUCGAUAUCAAAUCGAUUCAAUGGUUUCCAUGGCGGAACGCACCAUGUCAUUCAGAUUGAACGAUUCUAGUGCCCCAGGCUGUUUGCAAAUUGCUGACCUGUACGGUUUGUCACGCCUUCGACAGGCCGCACUGGAAUCCUGUGCCAGACUAGACGCAGCCAGACUGGCCCAAGUUUUUGGAGAGAUAUCGCUAAGUAUGGAACUCCGGCAAGAAAUCCUCAAGAAGCGUGUUGAAAUUCUUGAGCAAUGCCUGAUAGAUAUCCAAAAGAGCUUCUCGCACUCAUGCACACGCGUCGAAAGUCGCAUGGAGCGAGUGCCUGCGAAUCACUGUUCCGAGCAUAAUCGACCUAUGGCGGAAAUUACGGUAUCUCCCCCUACUCCAGCACCAGCUCCUGGAGGUCCAAUUUCAACAAAUGCGGAUGCGAACACUGCCGAAACUCGUAUGGAUGUUGCUGCCAGCAUACGACCCGCCGCUGUCGCUCUUGCUAACAUAGAUAUGCGUCCUCUGGAUGAUCCCUCACGUCUGGGAACAGUGGGAACUGGCACCACGCCACCUCAGGCCCCAGCCCCGGAACAAACAGCUGUUUGCGAAAAAUGUGCCGAACAACUGAAGUGUCAUAUUAUUGAAUUAUGCAAGCGCGGCUUGCACAAGAUACCCAUUCUCAUGUGUAAGAAUAACUAG